AUGGCUGGCGAGAAUAAGACAUCGAGUACGCCCAAAGUGACUAAGCAACAAUCGGAAUCACAAGAACCCAAGUCGAGGAAAGACAGCAAGGCCGAUCAGAACGUGCCUGAGAAGACUUCUUCGAAAGAGAAGUCUUCAAAACCUCGCCACAGAGCAUCUAUCGCCUGUGCCUCGUGCCGAGACCGCAGGAUUCGUUGUGUGGUACCUUCGGGAGAGAAAGAGUGCACACAGUGUAAACGAUCAGGUGUAGAGUGCGUGAUCAAGAAUGACGAUGAGCGAAGAAGGCCCAUCUCGAGAGCAUACAUGUGCUCUCUCACCGACCGCGUCGCUCUUCUUGAAACCAUGCUGAAGGAGCGAGGCGAGGAAAUACCUCCAGCAAAUCAUCCACCCAAAACACGCCAUAGUGCUCCAAAUAUCGAGGAAGAAGCCACCUCACCAAGUCGAAAGGUUACCGAGCACACAACUGCACACAUCGACAACUCUAGCCCUGUUAGCCAGGAAAGCCCUCAGGAAGACUAUCCAGAAUUCGAGCAACAGGACUUCGGCCUCAGCCCCUAUAUCUCAAAUGGCGACGCAGACAGCGUAGGCUCGCCGCCUAUGCUACCUCCACCAAAAAAGGACGGCAUGGUCAACCGGCUCUUGUCCACACGCGGUCAUCUCUCCUUUGACCAGCUCAACGGGCGUCUUCGCUACUUUGGCCCAACAACAAACUGCCACGUGCACUCCGAGUCCAUCAACCCCUUGAACAUCACCCAGGAAUUCAAUGAGCAAGCCCGACGAGCAGAUAGAAUUAUCCGCUCCCUCCCACUUGAAACAUACGACUAUCUCAUGAACCUGUUUUGGCAAUUCUACAACCCAGUCCUUCAUGUACUUCACCAAGACGCUUUCAAUGAAGACCGCGAGAUGGGCCGCACCCAGUUCUAUUCUGGAUUCUUGCACGUCUGUGUUUUGGCUAUGGGGUUUCGCUUUGCUAACAAGAAGAGGCCGGAUAUCAAGAGAAUUAGUAUGCCUGGCAUGGAGAGUACGUUGCAUCGUGAGGCCAAGUAUAUGCUCGAUCAAGAGCUUGAGAGGCCCGGCGGAAUACCUAGUGUGAUUGCACUGCUGCUACUGGGAGAUUUGGAGUGCGGUGUUGGCAGGGAUAACAGUGGAUGGAUGUAUGCUGGCAUGGCUGUGAGACUUGCGUUUGACAUUGGUCUCCACCUCGACACACGUUCUCUAGGCCUCCCUCCGCGGGAGAUUGAGAUCCGACAGAUGACGCUCUGGGCCUGCGUGAUCUACGACAAAUACUGGGCACUCUUCCUCGGUCGCCCGACAUCUAUGAAGUCUGCGGAUCUAGAAAUAUAUCAUCUCACCAAGAAAUUUGAGCGUCUCGGCACUUGCCGCCCCGCUGGUCCUGAGAAGAGCAUGGAAACUAUGAUAUACGAGGCCCUUCUCGAUCUUAUGGAGCUCGCUGGUAAAAUAACGGAAAACAUGGAUCCCCAUCGUUCUCAAAUGACCAUGUCGGAUCCACAAACGGCGAUAGAUCGGAACCAAUACAUACGUAUGGCGGCUCUAGAUCGCGAGUUUAGCAGCUGGUAUGCUAGACUACCUGAGCAGCUUCGAUGGACGCCGAACAACAUCGCAACAGCACCCGUUAGCUUUUUCUUACUGCACCAGCAAUAUCACUCCAGUCUGAUCUUACUGCAUCGCCCUUUUGCACUCUACGAGGACCAAGCAGGUAACGAAAACGAACCGGACGACCAUUUCUCGACGCUGAGUAGGACGGUAUGCACGAAACAUGCAAUCAGAGUAGCGAGGAUAUAUUGGCAACAUCGCCAGCGAUUCGACACGAAGCAAAUCUUCAUCACUGGAAUGCAACACGCCGGCACCGCAGCAACCGCUCUCGUCGCCGCCCUAGCAUUCAUCAAAGACCCCAUCUCCCGCGCAAACAACAUGCAAUACCUCGAAUGCCUUGCCGCCGCCCUCUCCGACAUGGCCCAUACCUACCAACCCGCCGAACGCAUGUCCACCGUACUCCGCGCCGUAAUGGUCGAAUUGCGUGGCGGUCCGGACCCCCUCUCUGCAACAUCCUUCUCCAUCUACAAACCGCCCUCCAGCCUCAUCCCCGCGCGUCGAAGCAGCACCAUCGACACCGACACCGAUCUACCCUCAGGCAGUACACAGCCGUGGCACAAAAAACGGCAGAUGAGUUCAAGCAGCACAUCGCGUCCCCGCGCCAACACAUGCGGAACAAGACACAAACGCACAAUGAGUUCUAGCACAACAGCAACGACUCCACCCCUUCACUCCUCUCUAUCCCUUCAAGUUGCCGCACCACCCCUUCUUCCCCCCCGCUUCGACGACCACCAUCCAUCAGACAAUUACAUACUCAUGCCCCCUUCAUCUUCCUCUUCCGAUCCUCCACACUGGUGCCCGGAUCUCGGUCAUACCCUCUCCACUCCUUCCACAACCACCACCACUGCAUCCUCCUCGUCUCUAUCGCAACCAAGGCAUAACAGCUGGAUGCGCUCAGAGUACGAGGCUUCAGAUGCCAUUUCCGCGCUCGCUAGUGCGCAUUUUCCCGAGUUGAACGCGUUUGGUGACGAGUUGGGUGGUGCUGGGGGUGGUGCUGCAGGGGAAGGAAGGAUGAAUUUGGAUUUUAUGCCGCUGGGGGAGGAGUGGGAGGGGGGCGUGAUGGGUGGGGUGGGGAGUGAUUUGGAUGGGUUUCCGAUUCAGGGGAAGGCAUUUUGA